GCAGCCUUCGAACAGACGGGGAAACUGAGGCCCUAAGAGGCCUAAAGCCUACACUUCCCGGCAGAAAGCGACGGGCGCGGGCGGGUUAAAGGGGCGGGGCCGGCGGUGGCCCAGCCCGUGUCUCCCCGCACCGCCCCCGCCCCGGCCCUCCUUAGCCCUGCCCGGCCCGGCAGCGAGAGGGGCGCCAUGGAGGCCACCGGGGUGCUGCCGUUCGUGCGUGGCGUGGACCUCAGCGGCAACGACUUCAAGGGCGGCUACUUCCCUGAGAAUGUCAAGGCCAUGACCAGCCUUCGAUGGCUGAAGCUGAACCGCACUGGCCUCUGCUACCUGCCCGAGGAACUGGCUGCCCUGCAGAAGCUGGAACACUUGUCUGUGAGCCACAACAACCUGACCACGCUUCACGGGGAACUGUCCAGCCUGCCGUCACUGCGCGCCAUCGUGGCCCGAGCCAACUGUCUGAAGAAUUCCGGAGUCCCCGAUGACAUCUUCAAGCUAGAUGACCUCUCAGUCCUGGACUUGAGCCACAACCAGCUGACAGAGUGCCCGCGGGAGCUGGAGAAUGCCAAGAACAUGCUGGUGCUGAACCUCAGCCACAACAGUAUCGACACCAUCCCCAACCAGCUCUUCAUCAACCUAACCGACCUGCUGUACCUGGACCUCAGCGAGAACCGCCUGGAGAGCCUGCCCCCGCAGAUGCGCCGCCUGGUGCACCUGCAGACGCUCGUGCUCAAUGGGAACCCCCUGCUGCAUGCACAGCUCCGGCAGCUCCCAGCGAUGACCGCCCUGCAGACCCUGCACCUGCGGAGCACCCAGCGCACCCAGAGUAACCUCCCCACCAGCCUUGAGGGUCUGAGCAACCUCGCAGAUGUGGACCUGUCCUGCAACGACCUGACGCGGGUGCCUGAGUGUCUGUACACCCUCCCCAGCCUGCGCCGGCUCAACCUCAGCAGCAACCAGAUCACAGAGCUGUCCCUGUGCAUAGACCAGUGGGUGCACGUGGAGACUCUGAACCUGUCCCGAAAUCAGCUCACCUCACUGCCCUCAGCCAUUUGCAAGCUGAGCAAGCUGAAGAAGCUGUAUCUGAACUCCAACAAGCUGGACUUUGAUGGGCUACCCUCGGGCAUUGGCAAGCUCACCAACCUGGAGGAGUUCAUGGCUGCCAACAACAACCUGGAGCUGAUCCCUGAAAGUCUCUGCAGGUGCCCAAAGCUGAGGAAACUUGUCCUGAACAAGAACCGCCUGGUGACCCUCCCAGAAGCCAUCCAUUUCCUGAUGGAGAUCGAGGUCCUGGAUGUGCGGGAGAACCCCAACCUGGUCAUGCCGCCCAAGCCCGCAGACCGUGCCGCUGAGUGGUACAACAUCGACUUCUCGCUGCAGAACCAGCUGCGGCUGGCAGGUGCCUCCCCUGCUACCGUGGCUGCGGCUGCAGCUGCAGGGAGUGGGCCCAAGGACCCUAUGGCUCGCAAGAUGCGGCUGCGGAGGCGCAAGGACUCAGCCCAGGAUGACCAGGCCAAGCAGGUGCUGAAAGGCAUGUCAGAUGUUGCCCAGGAGAAGAACAAAAAGCAGGAGGAGAGCGCAGAUGCCCGGGCCCCCGGCGGGAAGGUGCGGCGCUGGGACCAGGGCCUGGAGAAGCCACGCCUUGACUACUCCGAGUUCUUCACGGAGGACGUGGGCCAGCUGCCCGGCCUGACUAUCUGGCAGAUCGAGAACUUCGUGCCUGUGCUAGUGGAGGAAGCCUUCCACGGCAAGUUCUACGAGGCUGACUGCUACAUCGUGCUCAAGACCUUUCUGGAUGACAGCGGCUCCCUCAACUGGGAGAUCUACUACUGGAUUGGUGGGGAGGCCACACUCGACAAGAAAGCUUGCUCUGCCAUCCACGCUGUCAACUUGCGCAACUACCUGGGUGCCGAGUGCCGCACUGUCCGGGAGGAGAUGGGCGAUGAGAGCGAGGAGUUCCUACAGGUGUUUGACAACGACAUCUCCUACAUUGAGGGUGGAACAGCCAGUGGCUUCUACACUGUGGAAGACACACACUACGUCACCAGGAUGUAUCGUGUGUAUGGGAAAAAGAACAUCAAGUUGGAACCUGUGCCCCUCAAGGGGGCCUCUCUGGACCCAAGGUUUGUUUUCCUUCUGGACCGAGGGCUAGACAUCUACGUGUGGCGGGGGGCCCAGGCCACACUGAGCAGCGCGACCAAGGCCAGGCUCUUUGCAGAGAAAAUUAACAAGAAUGAGCGGAAAGGGAAGGCCGAGAUCACACUGCUGGUGCAGGGCCAGGAGCUCCCAGAGUUCUGGGAGGCACUGGGUGGGGAGCCCUCUGAGAUCAAGAAGCAUGUGCCUGAUGACUUCUGGCCGCCUCAGCCCAAGCUAUACAAGGUGGGCCUGGGCUUGGGCUACCUGGAGCUGCCGCAGAUCAACUACAAGCUCUCCGUGGAACAUAAGCAGCGUCCCAAGGUGGAGCUGAUGCCAAGAAUGCGGCUGCUGCAGAGUCUGCUGGACACACGCUGCGUGUACAUUCUGGACUGUUGGUCCGACGUGUUCAUCUGGCUCGGCCGCAAGUCCCCGCGCCUGGUGCGCGCUGCUGCCCUCAAGCUGGGUCAGGAGCUGUGCGGGAUGCUGCACCGGCCACGCCAUGCCACGGUCAGCCGCAGCCUCGAGGGCACCGAGGCGCAGGUGUUCAAGGCCAAGUUCAAGAAUUGGGACGACGUGUUGACAGUGGACUACACGCGCAACGCGGAGGCCGUGCUGCAGAGCCCGGGUCUCUCGGGGAAGGUGAAACGCGACGCCGAGAAGAAAGACCAGAUGAAGGCUGACCUCACUGCGCUCUUCCUGCCGAGGCAGCCGCCCAUGUCGGUGGCGGAGGCGGAGCAGCUGAUGGAGGAGUGGAACGAAGACCUAGACGGCAUGGAGGGUUUCGUGCUGGAGGGCAAGAAGUUUGCACGGCUGCCAGAAGAGGAGUUUGGCCACUUCUAUACGCAGGACUGCUACGUCUUCCUCUGCAGGUACUGGGUGCCCGUGGAGUAUGAGGAGGAGGAAAAGAAGGAAGACAAAGAGGAGGAGAAGGCCGAGGGCAAAGAAGGCGAGGAGGCAACAGCUGAGGCAGAGGAGAAGCAGCCAGAGGAGGACUUCCAGUGCAUUGUGUACUUCUGGCAGGGCCGGGAAGCCUCCAACAUGGGCUGGCUCACCUUCACCUUCAGCCUGCAGAAGAAGUUCGAGAGCCUCUUCCCUGGGAAGCUGGAGGUGGUACGCAUGACGCAGCAGCAGGAGAACCCCAAGUUUCUGUCGCAUUUCAAGAGGAAGUUCAUCAUCCACCGGGGCAAGAGGAAGGCGGCCCAGGGCGCCCAGCAGCCCAGCCUCUACCAGAUCCGCACCAACGGCAGCGCCCUCUGCACCCGGUGCAUCCAGAUCAACACUGACUCCAGCCUUCUCAACUCCGAGUUCUGCUUCAUCCUCAAGGUUCCCUUUGAGAGUGAGGACAACCAGGGCAUCGUGUAUGCCUGGGUGGGCCGGGCAUCAGACCCUGACGAAGCCAAGUUGGCAGAAGACAUCCUGAACACCAUGUUUGACACCUCCUACAGCAAGCAGGUUAUCAACGAAGGCGAGGAGCCUGAGAACUUCUUCUGGGUGGGCAUUGGGGCACAGAAGCCCUAUGAUGACGAUGCCGAGUACAUGAAGCACACACGGCUCUUCCGGUGCUCCAACGAGAAGGGCUACUUUGCAGUGACUGAGAAAUGCUCCGAUUUUUGUCAAGAUGACCUGGCAGAUGACGACAUCAUGUUGCUAGACAACGGCCAAGAGGUCUACAUGUGGGUGGGGACCCAGACUAGCCAGGUGGAGAUCAAGCUGAGCCUAAAGGCCUGCCAGGUAAGCUGGGUGGAGGGAGGGCCGAGGUGGGCCUGUGGGCAGGGCGGGGUCAUCACCCAAGGCUCACUGUCCCUUUGCCAGGUGUACAUCCAGCACAUGCGGUCCAAGGAACACGAGCGGCCGCGCCGGCUGCGCCUGGUCCGCAAGGGCAACGAGCAGCACGCUUUUACCCGCUGCUUCCAUGCCUGGAGUGCCUUCCGCAAGACCCUGGCCUAAGACAGGCUGGCACAGCCCCAGGCUUGGUGAGGAAGAGGAAGGAGCCUCGUCCACUGUCUGCUAGCAAAGAAUGUACUGAGGUGACAACGCCUGCUCCAGCCACGUCCAGUGCCACAGUCGCCAGUAGCCUCAAGCAGCACCAAUGGGGAUGACCCUGACAGGUGCCCUCAGGGGUCUGGGAAAUCCGACUCCCUCCACAGUGUGAGCACAUGUGUGAAACCCCCUCACUUCUCUGCCAGGGAUAAAGCAGAUGUGGCUGCCCUUUAAGAGAUAUUAAAUGCUUUUAUUUUCAAUAUUAAAAAUCAGUAUUUUUAAUAUUAAAA